AGCGGCGGGCUCUGAUCAUCACGGCCGCCGGAGAAUACCGGCGGCGGCCAUGGCGGGCGCGGCGCGGCGGUGGUGGCGGAAAUGGAGGGCGCGGGACGCGGUGCUGGCGCUGCUCAUCGCCUCGGUGCUCGCGCCCCUGGCGCUCUACAGCGGCGCGCCCAUCUCCCCCUUCUCCGGCCCCAACCUGAGCCGGAGCCGCGCCCUGGGUCGCGAUCCGUCCAAUUUGAUUGCCCGGAAUGAGGUGGGGAAGCGUCUGAACGCGCUACCGCAGGACACAUUGGAUACGAUGAAGGAGCCUGCAAGAAUAGUUGCAUCAGAUGCAAACAACAUGGCUAUCAUGGGCAAUCCAUUGAGACAGGGUGGUGUAAUUCAGCAGGUUGUUAUGGGAAGUAGCAUUGAUAGAUCAGGUGGAUCAAGGGGUAGCAAUGAUGGCAGAGCGCGCAAUGUAGAAGAGGAGAAGGAGUCUUCAUGUCAUCCGAGUAAGGGAGCACGCGUAGAUGCUAUGGUUACUACUUUGAAAGAGGGUGCUCAGUUAAGAAAACAGAGUGGCCUAAACAAUGUUGCUGAAGGAGGGGAGCACAAAGUUCGUGCCAUGCACACUACUGGAGAUCUGAAUGUCCCUUUUGAUAAGGAAAUUACUGACAAUAGAUCAUCUGGGCAAAUUACAGACGCUAUCUCAGAAAAGUCUGAUGCAAUGAUAAUUAGCAGCAAUACUAGUUACUCCACAACUCCUGAUAGUAUGAUACUUGUCAUCAAGGACCAGUUGAAAAGAGCAAAAAAAUACAUCAGAUUUCUACCUUCCAGAGGCAAUCAUGGGUUUAUAAAGGAUCUCAGAAGAAGGAUGAGGGAUAUCCAGCAAGCACUGGGUGGUGCAACCGUUGAUAGGCAGUUACCAAAGAAUGUCCGAGGAAAAAUUAGAGCGAUGGAAUUGAUACUAAGAAAGAUCAGACAAGUGCAUGAUAACUGUGUGGCUGCUAUUGAUAAGCUACAAACAACCCUUCACUCAGCAGAGAACCAGCUCGAGGCUCACAAACAACAAGCUAAUUAUGUAGCACAGAUAGCAGCUAAAGCUCUCCCAAAAAGGCUUCAUUGUCUUGCACUGCUGCUUACGAAUGAGUACUAUUCUUCCAGUUCCAGCAAUAAGCUUUUUCCAUAUGAAGACAAGUUGGAAGAUCCGAAACUACAACACUAUGCAUUAUUCUCAGAUAAUGUACUGGCAGCAGCUGUGGUUGUGAACUCAACCCUUGUACAUGUUAAGAAUCCAGCAGACCAUGUCUUCCAUAUUGUGACAGAUAAGCUUAAUUAUGCUGCAAUGAGGAUGUGGUUCUUGGCAAAUCCACUGGGUAAAGCUGCUGUUCAAGUUCAGAACAUUGAAGACUUUACAUGGCUAAAUUCGAGCUAUAGUCCAGUUAUGAAACAACUGGGGUCCCAUUUCAUGAUCGAUUACUACUUCAGUACUCCGCAGAAUAGACCAGAUAGAAACCCCAAGUUCCGGAACCCCAAGUACCUGUCAAUUCUGAAUCAUCUUAGGUUUUAUCUUCCUGAGAUCUUCCCAAGACUCAACAAGGUGUUAUUUCUUGAUGAUGAUAUUGUAGUUCAGCAGGACCUAAGUGCACUCUGGUCGAUAGACCUGAAAGGCAAGGUUAAUGGUGCUGUCCAAACGUGUGGGGAGGUUUUCCAUAGGUUCGACAGGUACCUCAAUUUCUCAAACCCUCUUAUUGCCAAGAAUUUUGACCGCCGUGCAUGUGGCUGGGCAUAUGGAAUGAACAUGUUUGAUUUGUCUGAGUGGAGAAGGCAGAAUAUUACUGAUGUGUACCACUACUGGCAAGGACAGAAUGAGCAUAGACUGUUAUGGAAAUUAGGGACACUCCCUGCCGGCCUGGUGACAUUCUGGAACCGCACCUUCCCCCUGGAUCGUUCAUGGCAUCUCCUGGGCCUGGGAUACAAGCAGAACGUGACCCCAAAGGAUAUCGAGCGGGCAGCCGUCAUACACUACAACGGGAACCUGAAGCCUUGGCUUGAGGUUGGAUUGUCAAAAUACCACAAGUACUGGACCAAGUAUGUCAAUUCUGAUCAAGCGUUCAUCAGGGGGUGCAACAUACAUCCGUGAGUUGCUGCUACAGACAUCUUGUGCAUACCCUGCUGAAGAUUCUCGGUUUUUUUUUGGCUUUAGCUCUGUAGAUUCUAUUUCUUCCGUUACAUCUAAUUCUAAGAGAUCUAGGGUCUUCGUUUUGUUGAUUAUCUCUUCCCUGCUAAAUCACGUGCGGGCAAGUUGCCGCAGGCUUCAGAAUAAAAUGUGCAAUACGUACAGUAGAGGCUAGAGGCACUCAAGUGCUGUAUAGCAGCAGUAGUAUUAUCAGAAAGUACUAGCCACGCAGGUUUGAUGAUCUGAUGAACAUAUUUACAUCUGCAUUGGCUCUCCCAAAAAGCUGUAAGAAAUUGGCUAUC